CACGUUUGUUUAGAUGUAGUAAGUGAUCACUUGUCAACUGUUGGAACAUUGUGUUUUGGUAUUAGGGACUAUCGUCAUGAUGAAAGCUGAAGAUGGAGUUGUUGAGAACGUCAGAGUUGUUGUGCGAGUUCGACCAAUGAAUGAGAAAGAGAAAAGUUCUGGUUAUCGACAAAUUACUACUGUAGAUUCUGUUAAUGCAACAAUUUCUGUUGUAAAUCCUCAAGCAGAUGAGCUAGAACCACCAAAAAUUUUUACUUUUGAUGUUGUAUUUGAUACCGAUGCAACACAGCUUGAUGUUUACAAUGAAACUGCUAGGCCAAUAGUAGACAAAGUAGUGUUGGGUUAUAAUGGAACAAUUUUUGCAUAUGGGCAGACUGGAACUGGAAAAACAUAUACAAUGGAAGGAAACUCCUCUGCUCCUGAACUAAAAGGCAUAAUUCCAAAUUCUUUUGCACAUAUAUUUGGUUACAUUGCGAAAGCAAAUGGAGACAGGAAGUUUUUAGUAAGAGUUUCAUAUAUAGAAAUAUACAAUGAAGAAAUACGUGACCUUUUGGGAAAGGACCAGGCAGCACGUUUAGAAGUGAAAGAACGCCCUGAUAUAGGUGUAUAUGUCAAAGAUUUAUCUGGAUAUGUGGUGAAUAAUGCUGAUGAUAUGGAGCGUGUAAUGAAACUUGGAAACAAGAAUCGCGUCAUCGGUUCGACAGCGAUGAACUCUGCGAGCUCCCGUUCUCAUGCUAUUUUCACAAUUACUAUAGAGAAUGGUGAUCUGGGGGAAGAUGGAAGGCAACAUAUAAAAAUGGGAAAGCUCCAUCUUGUAGAUCUUGCUGGCUCUGAGAGACAGAGUAAAACUGGAGCAACUGGCAUACGUUUCAAGGAGGCAACUAAAAUAAAUCUUUCAUUAUCAACACUUGGAAAUGUAAUAUCUGCCCUUGUAGAUGGUAAAUGCACACACAUUCCCUACCGCAACUCGAAACUUACAAGACUGCUUCAAGAUUCACUUGGUGGAAAUUCAAAGACUGUUAUGUGUGCCAAUAUUGGACCUGCAGACUACAACUAUGAUGAAACAAUAAGUACUCUGCGGUAUGCUAACAGAGCCAAAAACAUAGAGAACAGAGCUAGAGUCAAUGAGGAUCCAAAAGAUGCUCUUCUAAGACAGUUCCAGCUAGAAAUUGAAGAGCUGCGUAGGCAGCUUGAAGAAACCAGUGGGAUUCCAGGAGACGUAGAUGGCAAUACAGGUGCAGUGAAUGAGAAAGAGAGUGAGAAAAAACAGAUGAAGAGAUCUCGAUCCAGCAAAAGGAAACCAAGUCAAAUAUCAGUCACAGAGCCUGCUGUUGAUAAAAUCACAAGUGUUGAGACAGAAGUUAAUGUACCAGAGGAGGUGGGAAAUGUUGAUAGAGACAAGUUGGCCGAGGAGGAAGAAAAACAUGAACUGGAGUUGAAGAAAGCCCAGAAGGAACAUGAAGCCCUACGUGAUAAAUUGUAUAAACUAGAAAAGAAAAUACUUGUUGGAGGUGAAAAUCUCUUGGAAAAGGCUGAACUUCAGCAGCAACUUUUAGAAGCUUCAGCACGUGAACUUGAAGAAAGGCGCCGUAAAGAGGAACAUUUGAAACAGCAAUUACAACAGAAAGAAGCAGAAUUAAUUGACAUGGAAGAACGUUAUUCGAGUUUACAAGAGGAAGCUGCUGGAAAAACUAAAAAGUUGAAGAAAGUGUUUGCCAUGUUGAUGGCUGCAAAAGCAGAGCUAAAUGACUUGCGGCAUGAACAACAGCGAGAAAUGGAAGGACUUCUGGACAGUGUAUUUAGCCUGACCAGGGAACUGAAGCUUCAAGAAACUAUUAUCGAUGCUUUCAUCCCAAAGCAGUAUCAGGAAAUGAUAGAUCAAUACGUUCAUUGGAAUGAAGACAUUGGUGAGUGGCAGUUAAAGUGUGUUGCAUACACAGGAAAUAAUAUGAGGAAACAGUUGCCUGCAAACACAGCAGCACAAGGUUCUGAGUAUCAACAGCCUGAUCUGUCACAUGUCUACUUGUCGUACUCGUCAGAACUUGCGGCAGCUUCAGGACGUGGAAAGUCAGCACGCCAUGCACAAGCACAAAGUUUGUUACAAAGGAAGCAAAAGUCAUCAUCUGCAGUGCCCACAUCUUACAGGAAACAGGAUUGCCCUGCACAGCUCUGAUGUUCAUAAUGAGUUCCUCCAUUGAUAUUAUUUGUUAUUAUUCAUUGUACUUGAAGCUUCAGCAUAGCUGAUGCUUUUGAUUUAUUCAGUAUUAUUUGUUGUUUAUUGUAUGCUGUUAUUGUAUGCUGUAGGGCAUUAACAGAAGAUGUUUUCAUGAUUUUGAGACUGAAACUUUGCAUUGUUCACUCUGCAGAUCAUGAAAUACUUGUCUGUCUGAGCAAUAUAAAAAUAUAAGAAUGUUUAUGCUCUGUGUUUUCAAGUAUUCUAAGUUGCUGACUAUAUUUGUGAAUAUGAAUAGUGAGAAUACUACCAUAUCUACAGCUUUUUGCAUUGCUUGUAUAAAAUGUGUAAACUUUUUAAAUUUGACAGAUUUUAUUAGUGUGUGUCAGUGCCAAUACAGAUCAGUCUGUUCUGUUUAUGCAAAUUUUCUUUGGUGAAUUCAGAGGACAGUGCAGGAUGUAACCUGACACCUCCCUAGAAUCAUGUUUCCAAUCAGAGAAAUGAUAUGCUUGAAUCAUCAACAUAAAAAGUUGAAAUAGCUUUAUAAAGCAAUAGAUGUGUAUGAAAUUAGAUAGUAUUACAUCAGACAUUAAAAAAAAAAUCUAAAUUAAAAACGCCAAGACUGAGAAUUGUUUAUGUGGCUGCUGAUGUACUGAAGUGUGUAGGUUAGUGAUCUCUGGCAUUUGUCUAAAAUCAUCUGCUCCAUACUUCUUUAUCAUGAGAAAUCUGGUGUGUGAACAUCUUACUUAGACUGAUUUGCAUGCUGCAGUAGUCUUUUUUAUUGAACAAUGAGAUUAUUUUCAUAUUUUGUAAUUGAGCUUCAUAUAAGAGAACCACUUUGGAUUCAGUGUUAACACAUAAGCAUCCUCAUUCUUUUUAUUAUCCUUUAGCAUGCGAAAUCCAGGACAUUCGCAUUCAUUGGUCUGUACGUGAGUAGCGUCCCAUGUUAGUAAUAGACAAUUCUUUUCUAAUUACUUGCUGCUGUUGAGUUUGGGUGUUUCCUUAUUUAUACACUUUUUGUAAAGAAAUGUUCUUCAAUAUUAUUGUGACUCACAACAAAAAUGAUCCCUGUGCCUUUUAUGAGUAUUUCUAAGAUACAUCCUGUAUGAACAGCAAUAAUGUUUGAAAAUAAAUAGGUUAUGUGUUGACUAGAGCACCUUGAAACAAGCUGAUAAAAAAUAAUCCACUAUAUUCGACCCUCCCGUCGCAGGAAUGCUAUUAUACUGUGUCAGCGCUUGACUGACAAACCAUACACAAGCAGUUAUUUUUUAUACAAUGUUUAUACACUGAGGAAUAUAUUUUCAUAUUACUUGAAUAACUCCAAGUCUCCUCUUGAACUGCCACAGUAACUUACACCAACAUAAAGUCCUGCCCUUUGAAAUGAAGGUGUCUUAAGCAGCUGUUGUUAUUAUUUGAGCCAAGAAAUAAUUUUAUAAUGCAUUUUUUGAGUAAGAGGAACCCGUUAGGAAAGAAUAAUCUCUCUGCUCUUCGUGUGUAGAUUUUCACUUUUCCCAUUCCUUUGAUUUGUAAUAUUUAAUGAAUUAAGAAAAACUAGUAAUAUUUUUGGGAUUUACGUUUUUCACAUAAAAGUGUAAUGCUUGUGUGCCUUUCUUUAACUACAAACUGUAAUAAAUAUUUCUAAUCAAUUUGUGGCAUGGCCUGACUCAAAAACUGAUUGAAUUGUGAUAUUGAGUUGCUAUUUGUUGAAGAAUUUCAAGCAGGCAUAGUUGAAAUAGUAACAGCGUAUCAGACCAUGGACACAGCAUACUGGUGGUACUCAUCAGUAUGAAUAUGGAGAAAAGUAAUGGCACAUUUAUCAGACUUAUAACCCUUCUGAAGUAUACUGGACCACAUUUCUUCUUCUUUUGUUGAUUUUAAUGGAUUAGGGUUUAACCUUAUUCUGUGUUUAGAAAUUAUCUGUUCACCUUUACUUUUUUUUAUAUUUCCCUUCUACCACCUGGCUUAUAAGCUAAUACUACUUUUAGGAAUGUUUUAUAUAUGUGUUGAUACCAAGUUUUGUGCUACUUAAUCCUUAAUUGGCAGGAUUUGUUCUUUCACAGUUGGUGCAGUCAAUGUGUUUUAUGUUGAUAAAUAUCACACUAAAUGAAAGAGGUCUAAGAUCCUUGAAUACUGAAAAUAAAGUCCCAAAUACAGAUAAAUUUAAAUUAAUAUCGCACAUGAUUUUCAGCUUUUAAGAAUUUCUUAUUUAUUUGAUAGCUAACACCAUCGUUACACAAAAAUAGUUUCAGAACAGUGUGAUAACCAAAGCAAAAUGUAGUUAAUAAAUUAUUCUUGAUUAUUAGCAGAACAAUUCUUUUCAGAAAUCCCUUUUCUGCACAUUUAAUUUUCCUAAAGCUCUUAAUUUUAAAAUAUUUUACUUUCAUACCUGGUGUGAUCUUCGUUUUUUCUUGUGUGGGUAGGUGAUUUAUAUCAAGGCUCACAUGCCAUACCAAAUACUUUGUACCAAAAUCUUAUUAUACACUAUGACAUUACUAUGAUCCAGGCAUUGUCUCAAAAUCAUCAUUCACAAAAACUAACAAUGUUUAAAAUAUCUUCUUUAAAUACUUCCAAUUUGGGAUAAUGCCAUUUAUUUAAAUAUUAAAAAGAAUAGGGUGUGUUAGACUCCUUUAUUACCUUUCAGUCUUUAUUUUACCA